CCAGAAGCCUCGUGGGCUUCGCGUUGUUGUUCUGCUCUCAGUCCUGUGGAGCUCUCCCGCCCGGGCUGCGAGGAAGGCUGUAGGUUUGUGAGGCCGCCUGGCUGAGCCGAGCGAGGGAAAUGGUCCCCGCUCCGCCACUCGCCGGUUGAGGACGGGCCGCCCUGGCAGAGUGGCAGGCCAGCCGCGGCGCUGGGCGCCGGCCAGAAGGGGUGUACUGUCGUCCCGUCUUGCUGCUGAAUGUCGCUUCCAGAGGAUGAGGAGAGGCUUUUGCCGCUUGCCCAGAGAUGGCCCCGAGCGAGCAAGUUCCUCCUGUCGGGCUGCGCGGCUACCGUGGCCGAGCUAGGGGAACUAUCAGCAAGAUAUUUUUUCCAAAGACCAGUGCAACGUUUCCCCUUGAUCUCACAAAAACUCGGCUCCAAAUGCAAGGAGAAGCUGCCCUUGCUCGGUUGGGAGACAGUGCAAGAGAAUCUGCUCCCUAUAGAGGCAUGGUACGCACAGCCCUAGGGAUUGUUCAAGAAGAAGGCUUUCUAAAGCUUUGGCAAGGAGUGACACCUGCUAUUUACAGACACAUAGUGUACUCCGGAGGCCGCAUGGUCACUUAUGAACAUCUUCGUGAAGUUGUAUUUGGCAAAAGUGAAGAUAAGCAUUAUCCCCUUUGGAAAUCAGUGAUUGGAGGUAUGAUGGCUGGUGUUGUUGGCCAAUUUUUAGCCAAUCCAACUGAUCUAGUGAAGGUUCAGAUGCAAAUGGAAGGAAAAAGGAAACUUGAAGGAAAACCUUUGCGAUUUCGUGGUGUGCAUCAUGCAUUUGCAAAAAUCUUAUCUGAAGGAGGAAUACGUGGGCUUUGGGCAGGCUGGGUACCCAAUAUACAAAGAGCAGCACUGGUGAAUAUGGGAGAUUUAACUACUUAUGAUACAGUGAAACACUAUUUGGUACUGAACACUCCACUUGAGGACAAUAUCAUGACUCAUGGUUUAUCAAGUUUAUGUUCUGGACUGGUAGCUUCUAUUCUGGGAACACCCGCUGAUGUCAUCAAAAGCCGAAUAAUGAAUCAACCACGAGAUAAACAAGGAAGGGGACUUUUGUAUAAAUCAUCAACGGACUGUUUGAUUCAGGCUGUUCAAGGAGAAGGAUUCAUGAGUCUAUAUAAAGGCUUUUUACCAUCUUGGCUGAGAAUGACCCCUUGGUCACUGGUGUUCUGGCUUACUUAUGAAAAAAUCAGAGAGAUGAGUGGAGUCAGUCCAUUUUAAGCCCUUAAAGAUGCAGCCCUUAAAGAUACAGUGUUCAGUAUCAUUGAAAUGUGGGCAUCUACAACACACACCCCUAUUAUUUCUACCUCUUUAGGAAGACACCUUACUCCACAAAGACUGUGAUUUAUAGGGGCAGCACUUUAUUUUUCUCUGGAAACCCAAGUUCUCUUUGACUCCUCUUUUUGUUCAAAAGCAAUCUGGUUGGAUUACACAAGGCUACCCAAUGAGACCUGGCACAGAAUUUUCAAGAAGAUUUGAAUCCUGAGCACUCAUCUUACGAGAGAAGAUUUGACCUUUGAGAUGCUUUUCUAUGCUGAGGAGCCUACUUAGAGGUGCCAAAAGGGAGACAGCAUCUCAGACCUGAAGUAGACUACAGGAAUCUGGAAGAACACAUACAGACAUAGUGAUUCAGAAAUAUAUUUAAACUGUUGUCAGUAUUUUCAAUGGAAAUUUGAUGAUUCCUUUUUCUGUUGUUAAAGUGCAUAUACUGUAAAUUAAAGGGAGGUGAAUGAAAAUUCAUGAAUAAACAUUUUGAAUUUCCCUAGUAGUGAAGGAAGUUGAUGUACCUUUUCUUGCCAAGAGGAUGAAAAACAUCAAGUUGAGAUGAUGUUUGGAUUUCCAGGAGAGAAGCUUCUUUCUGUCAGUGUCCCAUCUUCAGUUAGGUCUGUAUUAUUGGCUAGCACUCUACUGCACAUGCUAAGGACUUCCCGACAGCCACGGGAGUCUUGAUGAACACCAAGUAGAGUGUGCUUUGUUACAUACGCUGUUGCAACUAGAGUUUGCCGCUAGCCCCCAAGAAGCUCGAUAUAUAAAAAAUGCUGCUUGUUUGAUUAAAGCUUAGGCGGGUAGGUCCUGUUCAUAAAGUAACCUGUUAUUAUCAGCCUUUCCGGGGCAUUUCCAAAGCAAGGCUGAGAUGAGGUCAGCCAAUUUGGACAGGCAUCCUUUCUCAUCUCCUUCCCUAACACUAAGGGCCAGAGAGAGAGGGAGCGAACUCAGAAAUCACACUUGAAGAUGUCUCUAUCCUGAAUCUUACUCAGUUUUGACAAAGUUUCUUGCCUAAAUAGUGAUAAGUAUAAACUGCCUAUAGUGUACAUUUAUGUCUCCAAUCAUGGAAUCAAACCCAUUUUCUUAUUUUAGAAAGGUGAGAGAUUUCUUCAGAUUGACCUGUAUGCCACCUGUUCCCCCAACCUCAGACAGUGGGCAUUUCUGGAGGGAUGGAUAGAGUUGUGGGUAGAGGCUGUAACUGCCAAUGUAGGAAAGCUCAAAAAGCUUAGACCCAAGAAACACCUUGGAGUUAACCAGAGUUUGUUACAGACAUAGAUGAUGUUGAACAAAAAAAGUUUACAUGUGCCCUGUGGUUGCACUACUGUAUAAUCACUGCCAUUUAAAAGGGGAAUUAUACUUUAGAAUAUAUUUUAAUGUGAUGUACUAAUAUGCAGUGGCUUGUUGUUUUUCUAUGGAAUUUUCAGAAUGUGGAGUUCAACCAAAAUCUGUUGGUGGUCUACUUUUCCAUUCCAUCUGUCAAUCUGUAAGAAUUGAGUUGUUAAAUAUAUUUAAAAUAAUAUGUAUUUAAAUCCCCACAUGUUCUGCAUUGGGACCACUUUUGGGAACUCUUUGGGUUUUCAUGUUUUAUAACCUUUAAAAUUGAGUAAAGAUUGGAUCAAAA